GGUUACGGUUUGCUGUUACUUAGCUUAGAUCUGUGAAGACAAACGUAGCAGAUCUCUCUGUCUCCGGUGAAUUGGUGAUCGGAAAAAAUGGAGCCCGACGCCAGCAUCGAAACUAGCAGCAUGAUCCGCGUGGCGGUCAUCCCCAUCUCCGACGUCACCCCUCUCCUCUUCCGCGAAUACGCCGCCAUGCUCCUCCGCCACCACACCGUCUCCCUCAACUCCAUCAGCUCCUUCUACACCGAGCACCAGAAAUCCCCCUUCGCCCACCAGCCCUGGGAAUCUGGCAGCCUCCGAUUCAAGUUCAUUCUCGGCGGAUCGCCGCCUUCUCCCUGGGAGGAUUUCCAGUCCAACCGCAAGAUCCUCGCCGUCAUCGGCAUUUGUCACUGCCCCUCCGCCCCCGAUCUCCGCUCCGUCGUCGAUCAAUUCACCGCCGCUUGUAAGACCUAUUCCUCCUCACUCGUCCAGCGAUGCUUCGCCUUCUGCCCCGGGGACUCGCAGCUUGAAGACGGGAGUGUUAAGGGGAGUAAUUUGAUAUUGUUUCCACCUGCUGAUAGGCAAACUCAGGAAUUCCAUAUGCAAACCAUGGUCCAAGAUAUUGCAGCUUCUCUGUUGAUGGAAUUUGAGAAAUGGGUUCUCCAGGCUGAAUCUGGUGGGACUGUUUUUAAGACACCUCUAGACUCUCAAGCCAGUCUCAGCUCAGAGGAGGUGAUUAAGGCAAAGAAAAGGAGGCUUGGUCGCGCACAGAAAACUAUAGGCGAUUACUGUUUACUGGCUGGAUCACCAGUUGAUGCCAAUGCUCAUUAUUCUACUUCUUUGGAACUUACCAGAUUAACUGCUGAUUUUUUCUGGUAUGCUGGGGCCAUGGAAGGCAGCGUCUGUGCGUUGCUGAUGGAUCGGAUGGGCCAGAAGGACCCAGUUUUAGAGGAUGAGGUUAAGUAUCGCUACAACAGUGUCAUUUUGCACUACAGAAAAUCAUUUAUACAAGACAAUGCUCAAAGGGUUUCACCCUUAAGCUUUGAACUCGAAGCCACAUUGAAGUUAGCAAGAUUCCUCUGCAGGCGGGAACUUGCUAAUGAUGUCGUGGAGUUGUUGACAGCAACUGCUGAUGGAGCAACAUCUUUGAUUGAUGCCAGCGACAAACUAGUAGUAUAUGUUGAAAUAGCAAGGCUCUUCGGUGAACUUGGUUAUCACCGAAAAGCUGCUUUUUUCUCAAGGCAGGUGGCUCAGCUGUACUUGCAACAGGAUAAAAAAUUUGCUGCUAUCAGUGCAAUGCAAGUCUUGGCAAUGACAACCAAAGCUUAUCGUGUCCAAAGUCGAGCAUCUAUUGGACCUUCUAAUGACGCUGGGCAAACCCAUGCUGAUGGAGGAAAAGUGCAUCACCACUCAAUAGUCUCCUUGUUUGAGUCGCAGUGGAGCACACUGCAGAUGGUCGUCCUUAGAGAAAUUCUUCUUUCUGCUGUUCGUGCAGGGGAUCCUCUUGCUGCUUGGAGUGCAGCUGCACGUCUGCUUAGGUCUUAUUAUCCUCUAAUUACUCCUGCUGGGCAAAAUGGUCUGUUCAAUGCACUUGUGAAUUCAGCUGAGAAGCUUCCUUUAGGAACUCGCUGCAGUGAUCCAGCUUUACCUUUUGUCAGGUUACAUUCAUUUCCUUUGCAUUCAUCACAAAUGGACAUCGUCAAACGCAAUCCUGCUAGAGAAGAUUGGUGGGCAGGCGCUGCUCCAUCAGGACCAUUCAUUUAUACACCGUUCAGCAAAGGAGAGCCAAAUAAUAGCAAUAAGCAGGAGCUAACCUGGGUGGUCGGUGAACCGGUCCAAGUGCUGGUAGAAUUAGCGAAUCCGUGUGGCUUUGAGGUUAUGGUUGAAAGUAUAUAUCUAUCAGUGCAUUCUGGAAACCUUGAUGCCUUUCCUGUAAGUGUGAGUCUUCCUCCCAAUUCCUCAAAGGUGAUCACUUUAUCUGGGAUUCCGACCAAAGAAGGCCUGGUUUUAGUUCCUGGAUGCAUAGUUCACUGUUUUGGAGUCAUUACUGAACAUUUUUUCAAGGAGGUUGAUAGUUUACUUAUUGGGGCAACUCAAGGUCUCGUGCUUUCUGACCCUUUCCGGAGCUGUGGGGCAGCUAAGUUAAAACAUGCACAUCUACCUAGUAUUACAGUGGUCCCUCCAUUGCCAUUGUUAGUUUCUCAUAUCGCAGGUGGGGAUGGAUCUGUCAUGCUAUAUGAAGGUGAGAUACGCGAUGUAUGGAUCAGUUUGGCAAAUGCUGGGACUGUUCCUGUUGAGCAGGCCCACAUUUCACUAUCAGGAAAGAACCAGGACUCUGUCGUAACAGUUGCUUCCGAAACCCUGAGGUCAGCCCUCCCCUUGAAACCUGGUGCAGAGGUUACAAUACGUGUAACCUUGAAAGCCUGGCAACUUAGCAAGACAGAUUCUGAUGCUGCUGCCAGCAAGGGUAUGCCUGGAUCCUCAGUAAGACAAGCUAAAGAUGGAAGCAGUCCACUGCUGUUGAUCCACUAUGCAGGUCCAUUGACAACUCCUGGAGAACCAGAAACAGUGUCUGCUCCACCUCCUGGAAGACGUCUAGUCAUCCCCCUAAAUAUCUGUGUUUUGCAGGGCUUGUCUUUCGUAAAAGCCCGCUUGCUUUCAAUGGAAAUUCCAGCCCGCAUUGGUGAAGCAUGCUCCAUGCAAGCACAAUUAGAAAGGGGUAAUACUGAGCAAGUCAAUAGUUCUGAAAGACAGGCUGAUAGGCUAGUGAAGAUUGAUCCCAAUAGGGGAAGUUGGGGUUUGCGCUUACUUGAGUUGGAGCUGUAUAAUCCGACUGAUGUAGUUUUUGAAGCCGGUGUUUCACUUGACAUGGAGAAUACUAACAACCAAGAAAACCUGUCUGAUAAUAUUUCUGCUGAAUAUGGUGAACCAAAAACAAGGAUCGACAGGGAUUAUACUGCUAGAGUGUUAAUACCACUUGAAAAUUUCAAAUUACCUGUUCUCGAUGGCUCCUUCCUUGGAAACUCUUCUCAAAAUAAUGGGACUUCUGGCAGUAGAAAUAAUAGUUUCUCUGAAAAGAAUAUUAAGGCGGAGUUGAAUGCUUCGAUUAAGAAUUUGAUUUCGAAAAUUAAAGUCAGGUGGCAAUCUGGGCGCAACAGCUCAGGAGAGCUAGAUAUCAAGGAUGCAAUACAGGCUGCCCUCCAGGCAUCUGUUAUGGAUGUGCUACUGCCAGACCCACUGACAUUUGGGUUUAGGCUGGCUAAAACAAGUUCAGACGAUAUAAAUGUUGAUAGUGACGUAACGUCUUGCGAAUCUGGAGAUUCUAUCAUUGCACAUGAGAUGACUGCAAUGGAGGUGUUGGUGCGGAACAAUACUAAGGAAGCUAUUAGGAUAAAUCUUAGCAUUGCAUGCAAAGAUGUGGCUGGUGAGAACUGUAUGGAGGGCGACAAGGCAACGGUGCUUUGGGAAGGUGUUUUGCGUGGUAUCAGCAUGGAGGUUCCUCCUCUUGAAGAAGUGAAGCAUGCAUUCUCCCUCUAUUUCCUGAUUCCAGGGGAGUACACGAUGCUGGCUGCAGCCAUGAUCUAUGAUGCUAAUGAAGUUCUUAGAGCUCGGGCGAGAAGUGAUGCAUUAGAUGAGCCAAUCUUUUGUCGUGGACCACCGUAUCACGUGCGAGUGAGUGGCACUAGAUGAGUUAGUUUGUUAUGCUGUAUGUUUUCAUUUACAAAAGUGAAAGGAAGUCGUGUUGAUUUGACUACAUCACAUUGCUUAAAUUCUGCAUCUUUGGUGGAAAUUGAUGUGUUUCUGUAACUAGUAACCCUCUUGUUGUGGAACUUGUUUGGAGUAAUCAAUUGGAGUGGUAUUCAUUUUAA